AUGAAUAAGCAAGAAAUCAAACAAAAGUGGGAAAAGGCUCUCGCUCUCACCAAAACCUACACCACAGACAAAUUCAAAUUCUAUGGUAACAAUGAAAAAGUAACGAUCAGCUCAGCUGAAGCUUCCGAAGGUACAGUUGUGAAGGGAGAAAUUAUUGUUGAAAAUUGCAAGGCAAGAGAGUACAUGAAUGUUGUUUGCUCAACCGAUAUGCCAACAAGACUCAAGCUGGAUCCAAAGACAAAGGCCUUUUCUGAGUUGGAAACUUUUGAAGACGAAGAUGGACGUUGGUCUAUUAGAUACUAUCUUGUUGCUUCUCCAAGCAUGAUGGUGAGCGAUCGAGAUUUUCUCUAUUGUGAACGUGAAUUCCAAGAAGGUAACAAGCUCGUCUUGUUAACUACCAGUGUUGAUGGUUCUUAUACAUGUGAUAAGGCAUCAGGAGUCCGUGGAACCAACAUCUUCACUCUGUACGAGCUUGUUGAAUUGGAGAAUGGAGAUUUGAAAGUCACUUUCAUGGGUCAAGCCAAUCCUAAUGGAUGGAUCCCAACUGCUGUGUCCAAUCAAGUCGUUUAUGAACGUCCUUUGGUUAUUUCUGCUGCUGCCAAGAUUUUGAACAAGAAUACCAAGAGUGUACAAUAA